GUCCACAUGCACAAAGAUACGCAAACAAGCCUUAUUUAGGAAAAAGGCUAUCAUCCCAGCAGUAUAUGAACGACGAGGACGUCAGUGCUGCAAUUCAACUGGCUUUCUCCUUUCCAACAAGUCCUUGUUCGCGACGUUCGACCUUGUGUAUCUCCUUAGCCAUCGACCGCCAUUGCAUUCCAAUUGCAUAUUUUGUUGCUAAAUGCUUGGUCAUGACUCGAGGCGGUUCACACCAUUUGGUUGGUGUGGAUGCAUUUGGAUCUUAGUAGUGUCUUUCCAGGUUCGUUUCGACGGCUGUGUUGCAUGUGUAUAGUCUCACAGUAACUCCUGGACUUAGUAUGGUUACCACAUAUCUGCUUUGAACCAAAUUCAAGCGGUACUUACAUGUCGAGUUGUGGACGAUUCUGGGGCCCCAUUGCCUGCACUACCCAUCUGUAUACCAAUGUCAGAUGCGACAUUCUCCGUUGUUACAUCCGUAUACACGAUUGGAGGCUUGCUAGGCAGCUUAUUCGCCAACGUCCUCAUGGACCGAUUUGGGAGGAAGGGUACCGUGGAAGUGAGUUCGACUAUGUUCGUUAUAGGUAGUGCUUGCAUGAGUAUUGCCUCCGGCCUUCCGCUUCUUCUUCUUGGGAGGGUGCUUGUGGGUAUUGGGGCUGGGUUUGGACUCUGUGUUGGUCCAAUAUUCUUGUCCGAGAUUGCACCAUCCAAGAUCAAGGGGGCAGUGGGCGUCCUAACCCAAUUCGCCAUUGUCAUUGGUAUCAUGACCACGCAAGCCAUGGGUCUUCGCCUUGCCACAACUCGUACGUGGCGCUGGGUGUUGGUAGCAUCAUCCUUCCUCUCUGCUGUUCAGCUCAUACUGGGGCUCUGGAUGGUGGAAUCCCCGACGUAUCUAGCCAGACACAAGAUGACUAAACAGGGUGCCGUGGUAGCGCACAGGCUUUGGGGUGCAACUGCACCUGUCAUUGCGAGACAAGAAGAUAACGACGAGUCCGUUGCUGAUCCGUUGCUGGAGCAUUCCGCCAGUGAUGUCGAAGACCAGAAGCAUAAGGGCCGAGAUGAUGCUAUCACAGUUCCUCAACUGCUCAAGGCUUCGAACUUACGGACACCUCUCAUGAUUGCCUGUUUCUCAAUGCUCUGCCAGCAACUCUCAGGUGUCAAUGCUGUUCUCUACUAUAGCAAUGACAUUCUCUCGAAAGCAUUGCCUGACUUUGGUCCGUAUGUCUCCUUGGGGAUUACUAUCGUGAACGUUAUCAUGACAUUCCCGCCCAUCUUCUUGAUUGAGCGAAUCGGGCGCAAGAAACUGCUGUCACUUUCAGCGAUCGGAGCUCUUAUAUCUCUAUGGGGAGUCGGAUUCGGACUUGACUCGGGAUAUGUAACUCUGGCCUCUCUGACGAUUAUCACAUUCAUAGCGUCCUUUGCCAUUGGUAUUGGACCAGUACCUUUUGUGAUGAUACCUGAGGUUUCGCCACCUCAUGCCGUUUCUGCACUGUCGUCAGUUGGACUAUCUCUAAAUUGGAUUGCAAAUUUCUUGGUCGGGCUGGUCUUUUUGCCCCUUCGGAACCUUCUCGCACAUGGGGAUGCCUCGAAAGAGGGUAGGGUGUUCUAUGUCUUUGCCUCGAUGCUAGCCUUCUGUUCGCUAGUGCUAUUGAGUAUUUAUCGAGAAUGAUCAAUGAUUGCGCUCUUUCUCUGAUUCUGGUCUUGGGCGCUUGGGAUUUUCGGCAUGUACUUCUAUCGCAUAUCUUGACAAUUGCAUGGCCUUGGGUUCAAAGGGCGACUAGUGCGCAGCAAGCUUAAGUAU